AUGAUGGAAGAAAGAAUGAUAUUUCAUACAAAUCUGUUCCAGUACACAUUUCUUUUAAAUCUACCUUCUCUGCUGUUGCAGGAAUAUGAGGCCUUAACCAAACAACCAACUUGCAAACCAGAUGUUUGGGUGAAUCUUGCCUGUACGUACUUCUUCCUGGGGAUGUAUACACAAGCAGAACAAGCAGCUUUGAAAGCACCCAAGAGUGGUCUCCAAAACCGUUUACUGUUUCACCUGGCACAUAAGUUCAGUGAUGAAAAGAAACUGAUGAGCUUUCACCAAAAUCUGCAAGAUACUACAGAAGAUCAGCUUAGCUUGGCAUCUAUCCACUACAUGAGGUCCCACUACCAAGAAGCUAUCGAUGUCUACAAACGCAUUCUGCUGGAGAACCGGGAAUACCUAGCUCUGAAUGUGUAUGUGGCCCUGUGCUAUUACAAACUGGAUUACUAUGAAAUAUCACAGGAAGUGUUGUCUGUUUAUCUUCGGCAAGUUCCUGACAGCAUCAUUGCUCUUAACCUGAAGGCUUGUAAUGAUUUCAGACUUUACAAUGGGAAAGCUGCUGAGGCAGAGCUCAAGAACUUGACAGACAGUGCCUCAUCAUCUUUUGAGUUUGGCAAGGAGCUCAUUAAGCACAAUCUGGUGGUUUUCCGAGGAGGAGAAGGGGCUUUGCAGGUCCUGCCUCCUCUGGUUGAUGUUAUUCCUGAGGCAAGACUGAAUCUUGUGAUUUACUAUCUCCGGCAAGAUGAUGUGCAGGAGGCUUAUAACCUGAUUAAGGACCUGGAACCUACAGCUCCACAGGAGUACAUCCUCAAAGGAGUGGUAAAUGCAGCGCUUGGACAAGAAAUGGGCUCGAGAGAUCAUCUGAAAAUUGCUCAGCAGUUCUUCCAGUUGGUGGGGGAAUCGGCCAGCGAAUGUGAUACCAUUGCAGGGAGACAAUGCAUGUCCUCCUUCUUCUUUCUUCUUAAACAGUUUCCUGAUGUCCUAAUUUACCUCGACUCAAUCAAGAGUUACUUCUACAAUGAUGACACUUUUAACUUCAACUAUGCCCAAGCCAAAGCUGCCACAGGGAAUUUUAGUGAGGCUGAAAAGGUGUUCCUUUUGAUCAAGAGUGAGAAGAUAAAGAGUGAUUUUGUUUACCUUAGCUGGCUAGCUCGCUGCUAUAUUAUGAAUAGGAAACCACAGAUGGCCUGGAAGCUCUAUCUGAAGAUGGACACCUCAGGGGACUCCUUUAAACUAUUGCAGCUCAUUGCAAAUGAUUGUUACAAAAUGCGUCAGUUUUACUAUUCAGCCAAAGCGUUUGAUGUUCUGGAGGGACAGGACAGUAAUCCUGAAUACUGGGAAGGCAAGAGAGGUGCUUGUGUGGGUGUCUUUCAGAUGAUCUUAGCUGGCCAAGAAACAAA